UCAAAACGAUCGCAAUUUGGUGAGCUCGCAAUCAUUUUGACUUUAGUCUGGCAAUAAGUUUACUGAUCUGUCAUUCGCAACAAAAUCUUUCUUUUCCGGUGGUGUCCUUCCGUGGAUACCCAGGCCGUGUUAGCGUUAAUUUUAACUAAAAAUGGGUUUCGUGAAAGUGGUGAAGAACAAGCAGUACUUCAAGAGGUACCAGGUUAAGUUCAAGAGGCGUCGUGAGGGAAAAACUGACUACUAUGCUCGCAAACGCCUCAUAGUCCAGGAUAAAAACAAGUACAACACACCCAAGUACCGUUUAAUUGUCCGUCUCUCAAACAAAGAUGUCACCUGCCAGGUGGCAUAUUCCCGCAUUGAAGGAGACCACAUUGUGUGUGCCGCUUACUCCCAUGAGCUGCCACGUUAUGGCAUUAAGGUUGGUCUCACGAACUAUGCAGCGGCAUACUGCACAGGUCUGUUGCUUGCAAGGAGACUGUUACAAAGGCUCGGACUUGACUCACUGUACACCGGAGCUACUGAAGUCACAGGUGAUGAAUACAAUGUAGAACCUGUAGACAAUGGACCUGGUGCUUUCAGAUGUUACCUGGAUGUAGGUUUAGCACGUACCACCACAGGUGCUCGUGUCUUCGGAGCCAUGAAAGGCGCCGUCGAUGGAGGCCUGAAUGUUCCCCAUUCCAUCAAGAGAUUCCCUGGCUAUGAUGCAGAAGCUAAGAAAUUCAAUGCCGAAGUACAUAGGGCCCACAUCUUUGGAUUACACGUUGCUGAAUACAUGCGCAACCUUGAACAGGAUGAUGAAGAUUCUUUCAAGAGGCAGUUUGGCAAAUACAUCAAAUUGGGUGUCAACGCUGAUGCUGUUGAGUCUCUUUACAAGAAGGCGCAUGAAAAUAUUCGUGCUGAUCCAUCACACAAAAAGAAGGAAGUGAAGAAGGAUCCGGCCAAGCAAAAACGCUGGAGCAAGCGCAAGCUCACCCUUGCGGAGAGAAAGAACAGGAUCAGUCAGAAGAAGGCAUCCUUCUUGAAAAGACUGCAGGCUCAGGCAGAAGCUUAGAAGCUAUCAUCAAUAAAGCUUCUAAACAUUUUA